AUUGCUUAUCUUUCCAUAAUCUUCAAGUAUGAAUUGAAAAUUACAUAGAGUAUUUAUUGGAUUGGAUCAAUUCGAUUAGUGUCACACUUUAUUCGUCCUUGCUACAAAUCAGGUUAAUCGUCUCAAGUUGCCUCCGAAUCCCAAUAUUUCUCCAAGAUGGCAAACGUUGGUACUACCGAUCCUACAAUUGAGGCAUUGGAAGCCUUAUUACGCGAAACCCUAAGUGUUUCGAAGGACAGCAAGGUCACUGAAAAGCUUACCAAGGCUCAAGAACUCGUCAAGAAUGUGAAAGUUUGUUCAAGUGGCAUUUUGAAAAGAUUUGGGUUGGAUGGUCAAGUGGCACUAGUUACGGGCGGAGGCCAAGGAAUUGGUCGCGCUUUUGCUCAUGCUCUCGGAGAAAGCGGAUGCAAAGUUGCUAUCGCCGACUUGGAAUUGUCUCGUGCAGAAAAAGUAGCAUCUGAAUUGGAAGCCAAAGGUAUCCCAAGUCUAGCAUUGAAAGUGGACGUCUCAAACAAGAAAGAUGUGGAGGAGAUGGUUAAAAAGGUGUUGGAUAAGUUUGGAGAUCUGCACAUUGGAGUCAACAAUGCUGGAAUUGUGUUCCAUUCCAACUCCGAAGAAACAAGUGAAACCGAAUGGAAUAAAACACUUGGCGUUAAUCUUAAUGGAGUAUUUUUUUGCUGUCAGGCCGAAGCACAGCACAUGCUAAAGAAAGGGUAUGGAAGAAUAAUUAACACUGCAUCAAUGUCAGGGACUAUCGUUAACCACCCUCAGAAACAGGUCGCAUACAACACCUCGAAAGCAGCCGUUGUUCAUAUGACCAAAACUUUGGGGGCCGAAUGGGCAGAGCGUGGUGUCACCGUAAACUGCAUUUCACCAGGAUACGUUGAUACUGAGCUAAAUAGAUCCGAGAGUUUGCUGGCUGUUCGAGCCUUGUGGAUAAGGGAUACUCCUAUGCAGCGGCUCGCCGAUGUGGAAGACCUUACUGGAGCAUGUGUGUACCUGGCCUCACCAGUGUCAAGCUAUACCACUGGGUUGGACAUGAUUAUCGAUGGUGGUUUCACAUGUUGGUGAAAAUUUUAUGGAUACCAAUAAAAUUAUUCCUCAUGCACUCAUAAA